GAGUUGAAACAGUCAGCUGGUAUCGGAACACCGUCUUGGAUUGGCGAACUCGGUUUUCAUCGCAGAUUUCGCGAUCUGAGGAGCACCAUGCUGGCGUUCAAGUGUCUCUCAGGCUUGCGGAGAGGCUCUGCUCCUCUGUUGCGGAAAUUCAGCUGUGCGGUUUUCGCGGACAAGUUCGAGCCCUCCUUCGGGUCUCACCUGUCAAAAGUCUUAAAGAAUACAGCCGUGGUCGACGACCGCGGAAGCUACACAUACUCGGAUGUCUUCAAAGUCGCAGGGGCCAUCCGGCAACGGCUGGAGAAUGCGGGUGGAGCUGACCCGAAGAAGAGCCACCGCGUCGCUUUCCUUUGCCCCGGCGAUACACGCUUCGUAGCAACUCUCUGGUCGAUUUGGCUUGGGGGAAACACCGCCGUUCCUCUAUUCCAUGAGCAUCCCGUGAAUCUCAUGGAAUACUACGUGAAAGACUGCCAGGCCAGUGUUAUUCUAGGAACUCAAGAAUUCGAGCCUAAGCUGAAAGAGCUCGCCGAGAACACCGGAGUCCGCUACGUCAUCCUGCCAGACUUGGAUGCCAUCGGCCUAGGAAACGAUUGGGAGGAUUCACCAAAAUGGAACGCCCUCGAGAACCUCGACGCGCUCAUGCUGUACACAUCAGGCACCACAGGACCACCGAAAGGGGUCGUUCUCAGACACGCAAACCUGCGCUUCCAAACUAAUCAGAUACGCGACGCCUGGGAGUGGACCGGAGAUGACGUCAUGCUACACGCUCUGCCUUUGCACCAUACGCACGGGAUCGUAUCUGGAAUCCUCACACCCCUGUACUCAGGAUGCUCUAUUCGAAUGUUGCCCAAAUUCGAUCCCAAGCGGAUUUGGAAUUUCAUCACGGCGAACGGGGAGGAUCCAGUGUCAAUUUUCAUGGGGGUGCCGACAAUGUACGUCAAACUGAUCGCUCACUACGAGGAAAGUCUCCGAGGCAAAGUCGACCCGAGUCAAUUCAAGGAAGCCAUAAAAAGGCACAUAAGAUUCCUCAUUAGUGGGUCGGCUUCGCUACCGGAACCGAUUUAUCAUCGAAUGCACGAGAUAACCGGGAUGGAGAUUCUCGAAAGAUACGGAAUGACCGAAGUGGGAAUUCCAUUAUCGAAUAAACUCAACGGAAAAAGAUUCCCAGGUUGCGUUGGAUACCCCACUCGGGGAACCGAAACGAUGAUCGCUGAAAUUGAGAAGCGAAAAAUCGUUAAGAGAAUCGCCGAAGGGAAUUUCAACGGCACAACGAUCUACGAGAAAGAUGUCAGCGGAGACCUUCUCCUGCGGGGACCUUUCGUAUUCAACCGCUACUGGAACAAGAAAGAAAAAACAGUGGAAACAUUCACUGAAUGUGGGUGGUUCAUCACAGGCGAUGAAGCUCAAGUGUCAGAGGACGGCGUCUACAAGAUACUUGGUCGAACUUCUGCUGAUAUACUGAAGUCUGGAGGCUACAAGAUAUCGGCACUGGAUGUGGAAAAGUAUCUCAUGCAGCAUCCGGACAUCGAAGAGUGUGUUGUGGUUGGCGUCCCAGACGAAGAAUGGGGGGAGAGGGUCGCCGCGAUUGCGGUUUUCAAGAAGGGAGCGACGGUCCCCGACUUGGAAACUCUCCGCGCUUGGUGCAAAGAGAGAAUGGCACACUACCAGGCCCCAACGAUUCUCAAAUCAGUCGAAAAACUCAACAGGAAUUAUCUAGGCAAGGUGAACAAAAAAGAGCUCGUCAAAGAGCUUUUCGGUUGACCUGAGCCGGAAAGGGAUGAGGCUCCACAUCAAGGACAUACAACAUUGUACAAUUACCUCCUACGUACAAACUAAACUUAAGCGAGACGCGAAGCA